CCGAUAUCCAUCUGGAUGUGCAUAGAGAUCGUUAUGGAAUAUGAACGAGCUGUCAUUUUUAGGCUGGGCCAUAUCCGGAAAGGAGGCUCAAAAGGUCCUGGAAUAUAUUUUAUUUUGCCCUUUCUAGACCGUGCAAUCGCAGUGGAUAUGAGGACAAUAUCCUUUGAUAUAGCUCCCCAAGAAGUCCUUACAAAAGAUUCAGUGACAAUCAUGGUGGACGGCGUUGUUUAUUACCACGUUCAGAGCGCUAUUCUUUCCGUUGCAAAUGUGCUGUAUGCAGACCCGGCUACUCGCCUCCUGGCUCAGACUACCUUGAGGAAUGUCUUGGGAACCAAGGAUUUAGCUCAGAUUCUCUCCGACAGAGAGGAAAUUGCCCACAACAUGCAGGCCACCCUGGACAAGGCCACGGAUGACUGGGGCAUUAAGGUGGAGCUGGUGGAGAUCAAGGAUGUGAAACUGCCCAUCCAGCUCCAGAGAGCCAUGGCUGCUGAAGCAGAGGCAGCUCGAGAAGCUCGGGCAAAGGUUAUUGCAGCGGAGGGUGAAAGGAACGCCUCGCGGGCUCUGAGGGAAGCCGCAGCGAUCAUCAGCGAAAAUCCUGCCGCACUCCAGCUUCGGUACCUGCAAACCCUGACCACGAUUGCCACCGAGAAGAAUUCCACCAUCAUCUUCCCCCUUCCUGUAGAGAUCCUCCACUGUCUGCCCUCUUUGAAGCACUAG